AUGUCAGUGGUGGUAGAAAUCUCUUCUCUAUCUCUUUCUCUGUUUGGUCAAUCUUUUUUCCGGAGUAGUAAAACCAUCACUAUCGUGUGUGCAAUCAGCAUUCCAAUGCAACAAAAUACAAUAGUCGGCAAGGAUCAAAUCAAUAUUGGCAAAAUUGUUAGGAAGGACCUAAAUGCACACUAUUCACUUAAUAGAAGCUUGAGUGGUUUUGAAUUCUGCCUUGAGGCGAAAGUCGAUGAAUUUAGUGAAGGGCAAUUAAAUCAACGUAGUCUUAAUGUUGACAGUGAGGGCGAUAAUAACAUCAAUACCUCAUAUGAAGGGAAUAUUCUCAAUAAAGAGGAUAAUAUAACCCUUGAUGCUUAUCCCGUUGGGGAUGACUUGAAAGAGAAGAAAAACAACUAUAACUACGGAACGCCUGUUACAGAUAUAUCUCCUAACGAGAUUGGAUUAGCGUGCAUUCCUGUUCAAAGAAGCCAUAAGGUUCGUAAAAAUGGCACCAACUUGACUAUUAUGUGUGUCGGUAUGUCUGGUGUAGGUAAGACUUCCUUCAUAAACACUUUAUUUAAUUCAUUACGGGAUGAUAGGCAGACACUAAACACAGAAGAGCUAGAAGCAAUUCCAAGUGAAACUUGUUACAUGCAGCACCACAAAAUGGAUUUGGUUGAAGGCGAAUUUACCAUGACGCUAAACGUUGUUGAUACCCCAGGAUUUGGUAGUUUUAUUGAAAAUAAACAUUGUUGGUAUGCUAUUGUAAGAUAUAUCGAUGAGCAAUACCGGAAGCUCUUUUAUCAGGAAAAUCAACCUAACCGAUCUAACUUAGUUCGUUGUGAAGUUCAUGCUUGUCUUUACUUUAUUGUUCCUUCGGCAAAAGGCUUAUCGCAGAUUGAUAUCGAGGCUAUGAAAUCUAUAUCUCCUAGAGUAAACCUCAUCCCUAUCGUCAGUAAAGCUGAUGGUUUUGCUAACAAUGAGAUGACUAUUAUUAAGCAAAGAAUUAGAGAAAUUCUUCAAGAGCAAAAUAUUCGAAUUUGUGGAUUAACUGAUGUGAAGAGUGAAAUGACAAGUUCAAUUGAUGUAAUGCCAUUCUCUACAAUCAACUCGAUUGAAAGGCACAAGAGUGGAAACGGCAAGCUCGUACAUGACAGGAAAUACAAAUGGGGCCUAAGUGAAGUUGAAAAUUACUCUCAUUGUGAUUUCCUCUUGUUAAGGGAUUUUCUUAUUAAGAAUCAUAUGGAUGAGCUAAUAUCUUCAACUGAGAAUUACUACGAAAAAUUUCGUAUAGAUUUCAUGGUGUACAUAUUAGGUAAGGCUUUAACAAUGGGUGUGUAUGAAAAUGAAGAGGAACAAUUGGGCAUAAAGAAUACCAGCAAAGGAACUAUUGUUCCAUGUUCGAGGAAUAGAUGGAAUGGAGGUAAAAUGAAUAACAACCAUUCACAUUCAAGUAUUGAACAAUUAAUCGAGACGAAAACUUCGAAUCAGGUUUUAAGUUUAUUAAAUAACGUCCCAUUUGAUGAAAUUGAGGAGGAAUUGGCUGAUUGUGAUCCAGUUUAUCUCGAAAAGGGAAAGCUUGUUAAGAAACAGCUUGCCGAGGCUGUACAAAUUAAGAAUCAAAAGCUUAAGAAUUGGAAGAGAAAAUUAUAUGAAAAGCAAGACCAAUUCAACGAAGAUAUUAGGAGUCUCCUGCAAAAGUUAGAUUCGCUUCAACACUCCAUUGAGACACUUGACCAUAUUGUAUGGUCUCUGUAA